AUGUACGCGAUGUCGACGGCGUCAACCACGACGUCAGGUUCGCGUGCUGACCUGACGGCAGGUGUAGAGCGAAGAGUUCGGGUUGUUCGCCUUCUGCGGCCGAGGAAGGCAGCACCUGCCUUCGGAUUCUCCUUGCGAGGUGGACGAGAAUAUGCCACAGGCUUUUUUAUCUCUAAAGUUGAGCUUAACUCUGAGGCUCAUCUUCAAGGUUUGAAGGUGGGCGAUCAAGUGAUUAGCGUGAAUGGUUACCGAGUAGACGAUGCGGUCCACGCAGAGCUGGUUCAUUACAUCACCUCACAGUCUAGGCUAAAGAUCAAAGUUAGGCAUGUCGGAAUGAUUCCAGUUAAAGAUAAAGAGCACGAAUCGUUGUCUUGGCAGUUCGUAUCUGAACGGGCGUCACUAGCUUCAGAUGUUUCCUCAUCACCAACACUAUGUCAUAAUACAGAACAACUAACGGAUUUGCGACUGUCAAUAUUAGUGCCUCCGCGAGCAAAGCUUGGUUGCGGAAUCUGUAAAGGACCUGAUUGGAAACCCGGAAUUUUCGUACAGUUCGUAAGAGAAGGAGGCAUUGCACGAGAGGCUGGUUUAAGACCGGGCGAUCAAAUCUUAUCGUGCAAUGGCCACGAUUUUGCUAAUAUAUCUUUUAAUGAGGCCAUAUCAGCAAUGAAGGCGAGUGGUAGGCUCGAACUCGUGGUCCGAGAAGGCACGGGUGUUGAGCUCGUGUCGCCUGAGAGUUCCGGGUACAAUAGCUCCGCGUCGUCAGCGGCAGGCGAGCGCAGUCCAGCAGCGCCGCCUGUCAUCCCUCUCGCACCCCCAGCCGCACUACGGCGACGCCUGGCUAGCGUCGCUGAAGAAGCCGCGGAUAGAGCGGACAGGUUGACAAUGAAUAGAAUAAAACGGAGAACAUGGGACAACUUAGACUUUGACUGGAAAAACAAAGAUAUUCAUAAUUUCGAUGCACCGUCUGAUAUAGAGCCCGAUUACGAUAGUCCCAGUAUACCAAAUAAUCCUCACACGUACGAAAGUAAAUCUCAUAUCAAAAGUAAAACUAUAACAGAAUAUGAGUCGACGAAAGUAACAAGUCCAUUAAAUAGAACGAUAAUUAAUUUAACCGAAGAUGGCGCUACAAUUCAAUGUAGUUACGACAAUAAUGCAUCUAGAAAAAAUAUGUUUACAUCGUCUCAACCGAGUAGAGACAAAGAAAAGAAAACAAUUGUAGUAGAAGUACAUCAUAUGAACACAACGACUUGCCCUAAAACUCACUGCAACUAUCCUCCAACGUUUGUUAAAGAACUUGAUGCAGAUACCACUAGCAUAUCUAGUUCAACAACAUUAUCAAGUGCCAUUGCUGAAGAAAUACAGAGAAGGAAAUUGAACAAGAAAUCUGCACCAGAAAAGGAAACUAACCCAGCACACAUCAAGAAAACUAACGUACCCAAGACUAUAGAUAACGACCAAAAGAAACAUCACGAUGCAUUGAUGGACGAGUUUAAGAAGGUUCACAGAAAAAUGUUUGCGAAUAUAGAUACAACGAAUGGUGAUUUAAAUAAAGAAAAUCAGGCGGACAAUUUGGAUCGACAAUCAACUUUGCCGAUUAGAAAAGGUGAUACACCAAUAGAAAUUAUAAAUGAUAAAAAGGAAAAAAAGGAACCGGUACAGAAGCCACCACCUCCUCCUCCGAUGCCGUUUUCGAAUGGGCAUUUGACACAAAAUGGCGAAAAUGGAAAAUCUGAUACAACUGUAAUUAAAACAGAGGAUUCAGAUAUUAUUAAAAUUCCAAACCUAAGAAAAGUUGGAACGUUAAAUAGAAUACCAACUACGGAUUUUAAUAAUAAAACCCAAUCAACGAUGAAAACGCAUAGUUUAAAAGAUGAAAACGCGGAAGUGGAGUCAUUAGAAUCUUACAAACUAAAAAAUCCUUCAAAUGUUACACCCAAACCUCCGUCGAACUAUUUCAUCAAAGCACCUAAUGGACCCGCCACUAUGAAGAAACAUGCGCGGCCCGUUUCAGUGACAAUUGGAGAAUAUGUAAAUAAUAUUGGAAGAAAAGAACCGUCGAAACUAGAUUUUCUUAAUGGUGAUAAAUCCGAUGUUCAUAGAAUACCUGGAGAUGAAACAAUUACUAGUAGACUACAAUCUGAGUUGGCCCUUACGUUAUCUAGAUCGAAUUUACGUAAAAAGACCGAAGCUUUAGGCGAUGGAGGUCGAUAAAAAUGAUUAUCAUUAGAUGAAGAAUUUCUUUACACAGAGAACGUGAUACAUAUCGACCGCUUAUAUUUAUUUCCAGAUAAAACAUCGUAGUGAAAUAUAACGAUACCGUAGAGUUUUGUUUUCGUUGCUGUCUAGGCGAAACAGAAAGAUAAUUAUCUCAAUUUUUAACUUUCUUAUAAUUAUAUUAAUUAUUCAAAACCUUAUAAAAUAAAAUGUAAAUUAGUAUUAAAAUUAAAAAAAAAUAAUCGAAUAAAUUUAUUGUGGCUUACUGAUAAAUAAAUAUUAAAAUCAUGUAGUUAAGAAGAUUCGGAAAGAAUUGCCAAAGCAUACUUUUUACAAACAAUCUCAAGUGUCUCAAUCAUUUUUUUAUUAUCAAGAGAUAUUAAGUGUGCACUAUGUAAGUGUUAAAUAAUAGAGGUUGUAUUAAAAUACUUAUUUAGAAAAUAAAGCUGCCUUAAACACUUGCUAGAUGUAAAACAUCCGCAAAACACAACGAAAUUCGUAUACAUAUACUUUUAGUAUUAGUUAAACUGUAAAGUAUAAUGUUUGAGUUAUUCCUUCUUUAAAAUCAGUGUCGGAUUUACCAAUAGGUUAAAUAGGUUGGAGCCUAGGCAAAUUUUAAUGUGCGGCAAAUUUUGUCUAAAUUUUAUUUAUAAAACAUGAUCAUACAUUAUACAUCCAACAAAUGAAUCGGCAUGCCCACAACAUUUUGUACAGCAGUGGAUAACUAAAAAAAAAAGAAUAAUUUUUCCUUGCUUCGAUUAUGUUAUGGAGUUAACAUAUAAUCCCGACUAGCACUCAACCGAUUUUCGGGUGGUUGUGACCAAUCUUGCUACCACAACCUUUUUACUCUUACUAGGAAAUAGGGUAUCGCGUUUCAACGGUUAGUAGGGACGGUAUAAAUUGAAUAGCCUACUGUCUGCAAAACUGUAAAUCCGCCACUGUUAAAGUACUGAUUUAUGUAGCAGAGGCGUCUGACGAAAAAUCUUAAAACAGGUUUGUAAGAAGAUGAUCAAAAACUCAAAAAUAACCGACUAGUCACAAAUUGGACGUUAAAUUUUUCCAUUGAAAUGCUUCCUACCAACUAUCCAACUUACAAUUAGAUGUUUCACAUCAAUAAAAUCAUAAUUUACCUCAUCAUAAUUAUGAAUAAAUAUUUGUAAAACACGUAGCGUAGUUUUAGCUUUUAGCGUAGCCAGGUUAAACACCAAAAAGGAGUUUCUUUUGUAUGCUUAAUGUAUCAUUUGUGAAAUCGUAAUAUUUAUUAAUGUGUCUACGUGUAAUUGUCCGAAAAUUAAAAAGUGAGAUACUUAAGUAUUUGAAUAAUAUUUUAAAAAGUAACUACAUAAACCUUGUAUACUUUAUAAUUACGAUUAAGUGCCUAAGUCAUUUUGUGUAAUUACUAUAAUUAUAUUUAAUGAAUGUUU